AUGAUUGACCCCAAUGACCUAGACGGAAGAACCGUCUGUUUCCUUAACUUUGCUACUGGCAAUGCAAUGACUCUUGAUACUCAGAGGAGCGAUCCCUCAGAUGGCACAAAAGUCCACAGCUGGGUCUUGAAUGACAACGACGACCAGUGGUGGAAGCUUAAGAUAGUAGAUGGCAAGGGGACUGAAACCCCCACCUUUGUAAUCGGAAAUAAAAAGGCUCCAGGGAAAUUUCUUGAUCUUUAUCAUGGCAGCAGCGACAACAAUACCAAGAUAACAGGAUGGUCAGGUGGAACAAAGGAUUCCUAUCACCAGCUCUGGCACAUUCACACCCGCGGUAAUUGGGCCGACAAGGGACAAAUUGUCAAAAUAGAGGUGCCGGGACUUUUGUGGACUUACAUUAUGGUGGAUCCAGUAAUGGCACCUGUUAAGCCUUCGAGUAUGGAUGAGUCACUUGGUUCUGAGCUUGGACAUUUCUCGUAUCUCCUUGCUCUGCCUACCCCUCCCCUAGAGCCAUAUUUACCAGGAGGGUCCCCUUUGGGGAGUGAUGAAGUUCUACGAGUACCGUUACUAGUUUCGGGACAUUCGGAAGGUGAUACAGAAAACCUAGCUCCAAUGGCUGCCGUCGACACUAUGGAAACCUCACCACCCGCUGAUGCAGACCAUGAAUAUCGAGUGAAACGUCUUGGACGUCAGCUGGUACAGCAGUUAGUUAAGCUUCAAGGAUGUUGUACAGACUGUCACCGUUCAGCAAAGGUCCAGCGCGAUCAGACCCAAAGGGAGCAUAUCGGCCUUGCUACUUACCUGGAAAGCACUGCAGACAUUUGUCCUGAGGUUCUGAGCUCUACUCGCAUUGCAUCUCCAGAAGAUGACCUUUCUGAAAAGAUGAGUAGCUCAGACCGGCGACGGGUUUAUUGUGGCCUCGGCUCUGGAGGUCAGGCGCCUCAUAUCUGCUUGAAUGAGGACAAACGAAUCACGCAUGUUGCUGGGGUUAGCUUUAACGUAGAUAGUGUCACAGGAUUUCCCAGCAACCUUGCCAUCGCCAAGCAAGGAAUUCGCUAG